UUUGAUUUCUUCUAGUUUGAAGUAAAAAAUGACCAUCGUUGAGAAGCCUGAACUUGGAUCGGAGGUGGAGGGGAAGAAGCAUUUGUCUGAAACUGAAGAAGAAAUGGCAUCACAGAAUGGAUUCCUUGCACCAGAUAUCAAUUCAUUCGGCAACUCAUUCAGAGAUUAUAAUGCCGAAAGCGCAAGGCAUAAGACGGUGGAGGAGUUCUACAGGUUGCAGCACAUUAACCAAACAUAUGACUUUGUGAAGAGGAUGAGAGAAGAGUAUGGAAAGCUUGACAGAGUGGAAAUGGGGAUAUGGGAAUGUUGUGAGCUCCUCAAUGAGGUGGUGGAUGAUAGUGAUCCUGACUUGGAUGAACCUCAAAUCAUGCACUUGCUACAAUCUGCUGAGGCAAUCAGAAAAGAUUAUCCCGAUGAGGAUUGGUUGCACCUCACUGCCUUAAUUCAUGAUCUCGGAAAAGUGCUUCUCCUUCCUCAAUUUGGAGGGCUUCCACAAUGGGCUGUUGUGGGGGAUACAUUCCCUCUUGGAUGUGCUUUUGAUGAAUCAAUCGUUCACCACAAGUAUUUCAAGGAAAACCCAGAUUACAAUAAUCCUGCUUACAACACCAAGAAUGGAAUAUAUUCAGAAGGGUGUGGGCUGGAAAAUGUAAUGAUAUCAUGGGGGCAUGAUGACUACAUGUACUUGGUGGCUAAAAACAAUGGGACAACUCUACCUUCGGCUGGUUUGUUCAUUAUUCGAUUCCACUCAUUUUAUCCUUUACAUUCUGCAGAAGCAUACAAGCACCUAUUGAACGAAGAGGAUGCCAACAAUCUGAAGUGGGUUCAAGUAUUCAACAAAUAUGACCUCUACAGUAAGAGCAAAGAUCAAAUUGAUAUUGAGAAAGUAAAGCCAUACUACAUGUCUCUCAUUGAGAAGUAUUUCCCAGCAAAACUCAAGUGGUGAGAAGUUGGACAUUAAUUCAAGAGCAUAAAUGGCAACCUGGUGAUUAUCAAGACUAUA